AUGGCCGCAAUGGGUGGAUUACUAUUUGGCUAUGAUACUGGCAUUGUCUCCGGCAUAAUGCUAUAUUUGCCUCAUAAUAAAUAUAUGGAUGGUUUAUCAACUGUUUGGAAGGAAAUUAUAAUCAGUAUAACAUCCGGAAUGGCAGGUAUUGCUGCUCUAACCGCAGGAAAAAGCAGCGAUAAAUUCGGUCGUCGAAAAGUGAUAAUAUCGGCCACUGUGUUCUUUAUCGCUGGCGCUAUUAUUUGCGGUGUUGCUUUCGGUCGGUGGACAUUGCUCAUUGGACGCAUAUUGUUGGGGAUUGCCAUUGGAUUUGCAUCCAUGGUUGUACCCGUAUACAUAAGCGAAGCGGCCCCCGCGAGAAUACGGGGGAAAUUGGUAACAAUUUAUCAGUUCAUGGUGGCAUUUGGAUUUACGGUCGCCAAUGCUGUGGCGGCGUGGUUCGCUCAAUAUGAUCCAGUGAAUAUUGGUUGGCGCUUGAUGUUCGCAUUUGCUGCUGUGCCGGCUUUAGUUCAGCUAGUCGGUUUCCUCUUCCUACCAGAAACACCACGUUACCUGAUCAAUCACGGGCGUGAAAAAGAAGCACAAGAGGUUUUGCACCGGUUAUAUGAUAACGAUAAGGAAUGGAUUGCUUAUGAGAUGGGUGAAGUAGCGCGUGAAAUGCGACGUGAGGCAAUACUUCGUCAAGAAAGCGGAGAUGAAUUCGUCCUUCGCAGAGUGUUGAGAACGGCGCAUGUACGAAAAGCUCUGGCACUCGGCUGUGCUUUGCAGAUGUUUCAGCAGCUUGCUGGAAUAAAUACUAUUUUAUAUUAUACCAGUAGUAUUAUUCGUUCUGCUGGCGUACACGAUAAAAUUACAACAAUUUGGAUUUCAUGUGGUAUUUCAACUGUACAAGCGGUAGGGACAAUACUACCACUGAACUUGAUCGAAAGACUUGGGAGGCGUACUCUUGUGUUGUCGUCUCUAAUCGGUGUUGUUAUUACAUUGUGUAUGAUGGGUGGUGCGUUCAUCCUUAUCAAUUAUGAUUCCUCAAAAAUUAAUCCUGCGCAGGCUUAUAUUGGUAUAGAUAUGAAUUCUACCAACACGAACAAGGAACUACUAGACUUAUGUUUCGGAUUCAGGAAUUGCGAUGAAUGUGUAACAUCAGAACAUUGUGGAUAUUGUAGUCUGAAGGAAGAAUCUUCAUCAUUAACAACAACUUUUGGGCAGUGCCUACCUGUUAAUUCAGAAAAUAUUCAACACUCACUUUAUGGAUACUGUAAGGAUAGCAUGAACAAUGCGACUGCUUAUUCAUUUACUGAUACAUCUUGUAAAACCCGAUUUACAGCAUUACCAAUAGUAAUUAUGAUACUCUACAUUUCUGUUUAUUCCCUUGGUAUGGGUCCAAUCCCAUGGGUUUUCAAUGCCGAGGUUUAUCCGAUUUGGGCGAGAGGCACAUGUGUUGCUUUAUCUACAUUUACAAAUUGGACCUUCAAUCUUUUGAUGUCGUUAACAUACCUCAGCUUAAGUCAAGCUAUCACCAAACAUGGUGCGUUCUUCUUAUAUGCUGGUAUUUCAUUCAUUGGCUUCAUCAUAUUUUAUUUCUUUGCGCCGGAAACACGUGGAAGACGUAUUGAAGAGAUUGAACGAUUAUUCAUGAGUGAAAAAGAAAUAACACCUGAAAGAAAUCAACGACACGAAAAAACCGUGUCUGCUUCUGUUAUCUAA